AUGCGACCGUGUGCCUCCUCUCGCCCUCCUCCUCUGCGGCUGCUCUGCAGAUGCCGUCGGGCGCUGGCAGCACUCGUCGUCGUCCUCCUCCUCCUCCUCCUCCUCCUCCUCUUUACGCCGCCCCUCGCCCGCUACGGAGCCCCUGUGCACACCGCUCACAGCCUGCACGAGCUCUGGUGCGCCACACCACGAGCUCUUUUGGGCACGGUGGCGGACACCUCCCCCCCACUCCCCAGGAGAGCGCGGCGGCGAGGGGGGGCCGACAGGAGGUUGGCAGCGCAGGAGCAACGGCGCGCGGCGCGAGCCUCUAGGUAA